CCACAGUUGAAAGAAUUUAUGAAAUACUGUUGUAGAAUAAAACAUUAUUCUUUUACUAUUAAAAAGUGCAGAGAUGAAAUAUGUACAACUUGCUUACCAUUUCAGUGUUCUCAGAAGGAAUUUGAACAACUUUAUUACAUUUCAGAUUCAACUCCUAGUGAAGACCUUCAUUAUAAAUCAUUCGAAGAAUUAUAUAACACUACUACAACAGAGGAAUAUAGACCCUAG